CAUCGUUGCCUGGUCAAAGAAGAUUCAAGCCAUUUCUUACAGAACCGAACUCACUUGACAACGAGAGUCCAAAUAUUGGAAAUCAUCCAGCUUCAAACACUCUGGAAAAUCAACUUAGCAAUGUCGCAACCAUUCAGUAUCCUGCCGGUUACGGCGAAAAUUAUACCCAAGCCCUUCACGGUCGCCAUCCCAAAGGAGAAAUUGACAGACAUGGAGACUCUGAUCAGACUGUCAAAGCUUGCACCGCAGACUUAUGAGAAUUCUCAGUCCGAUAUGCGAUAUGGUGUGACUACAGAUUGGCUGAUUGACAUGAAAGAGCAGUGGUUACAAUCAUACAACUGGAAAACCACCGAAGAUCGAAUCAAUAGUUUUCCUCAGUGGACGGCUGAGGUUGAAGGGCUAAAUAUCCAUUAUGUAGGCCUUUUCUCCCAGAAGCCGGAUGCUAUCCCAAUUGUAUUGAUUCAUGGCUGGCCAGGAAGCUUCUUGGAAUUCCUGCCUAUUCUCGACAUGUUUCGACAGGAAUACACACCAGCCUCUCUCCCUUAUCACUUGAUUGUCCCUUCCUUACCAGGAUAUACGUUCUCCUCGGGUCCUCCUCUGGAUCGUAACUUUACUACCGCGGACAUCGCCCGAGUGCUUGACCAAUUGAUGAAAGACCUUGGAUUUGAAAGUGGCUACAUCGCGCAAGGUGGCGACAUUGGCAGUCGGGUUGCUCGAGGUCUAGCUGUAGAUCAUGAGAGCUGCAAAGCUGUCCAUCUCAAUGUGUGCUUCAUGGGCCGUCCUCAGGGCAUAUCGGAUGAUAAUUUGGAUGCGUCUGAGAGGGAGGGAAUCAAGAGAAUGGAAGAGUUUAGAAUGAUGGGCUCCGGGUAUGCUCUUGAGCAUGGUACUAGGCCAAGUACGAUUGGUCAUGUUCUUGCGACGAACCCGGUAGCUCUUCUGGCUUGGAUUGGAGAGAAAUGGCUGGAGUGGGUGGAUGAACCAUUGUCAUCGGAGCACAUUCUUGAGUCAAUCACUCUAUACUGGCUUACAGAGACGUUCCCUCGUUCUAUCUAUACUUAUCGCCAGAAUUACCCCACUCCGCCUAUUCCAGCUAGCAACGACCCUCGCUGGUACAUUCAUAAGCCGUUUGGUUUCUCAUAUUUCCCCAGGGAGCUGGCACCUUUGCCUCGCUCGUGGGUUGAGACUACUGGUAAUCUAGUAUUCUGGGGGCAACAUCAGAAGGGUGGACAUUUUGCGGCGCUUGAGCGACCUGACGCUCUCAAAGCUGACUUGACUAAAUUUGUGGAACAGGUCUGGCCAGGUGUUUCUUGAGUCUACUUUGUUCCUUUGUCAAUUCUACGGGGCCGCUUGAUGGUAUGUGUGGAGAAAAGCAUAUGCUUUGGAACGGGUGGCGCCUCAACCGAGAUUACGAAGAUGUUAAGAACAAAUUGACUAGGAUCCCGUCUCGGAUGUCAGUCAAAUUUAUACACAGUUGAAAUGCUGGAUCGGUUAGCUGCAUCAGAUAAAAGAAAGGGAGAAUAAGACCAUGGAAUUUAAAAGAGUCGGCUUUUGCAGUGACAAAGCAUGAAUUAUUAGGAGG